CAAAAAUUGAGAUGCAUUGAAAAAUAAAUAAAUAGAAGAAAAAGAUACGAGAGAGCGACGAAAUAUAUUUUAAAGUGACUUUUUGUCUGUUUAAAUGUAGUAUAAUUAAUAUAUCUCUUAAGUACAACACCGUGAAAAGUUUAUUAUAUAUAGAGGAGGGAAAGAAGCAUAACAAAUGGACAAAAAAAUGAAUCGUGAUGAAGAAGGCCUUAUCUUGCCAAAAAAGUUGAUAAAUCCAUGCUUGGAGUCGAGAGAUCGUCAAAAUUUACAUAGGGAAUUAAUGUUCAACCAGAAAGUUGGAAAAAAUGUGCUCAAUCAAAAAUCGGAACUUCAAAUAGCUCUGCAACGACAAAAGGAACGUCAAUUUUUAGCUGCUCAUUUUGAAACACAAUCAACCCCGUCCAUACAAACGGAACUGGGAAAAGUUAUCACAGAACGUGCUCAAAAACUCGAAAGCUCAUCAAAAGACAUUGACAGCUCACAGAACAAUUCCGAAUUCAAUGAAGAAUAUUUAAAAGCUCGAGCCAAGUUAAGAGCUAGCAACAAAAUACAAGCGUAAUGCAUUAGAAAGGAGACAAAGAAGAAUCUGCAUAUUUUUCGAUUGAUAUUUUUUUAGAAAAAAUUACCAAUGCUUCUCAUUUUUUUUCCUGUGCACCUAAAGACUUUGCAACUUAUCUUAGAUUUAUUCCUGUAAAAAAAAACUUGUUCUUGCUUUAUUACAUAUUGUAAAAAAAGGAAGAUUGUGU